AUGAGCUCGCAGCGCCUGCAGCAGCAGCGCAACCAGCGCCCCAACUCGCUGCUUGCCAACGGCUCCCUCUAUUCCGAAGGCACACACGAUGCGCCUGCCAACUCCUACCGCCAGAGCAUCGGCUCGACACAGACAAUGCGCACCCCUACCCUGGGCCUGCAUCACGAGCUGGACCAACCUCCCCCUUCACGCGGCACAGACAUUACCGACAGAGACAUGCCUGAUCGCACCACUGCCAACAGCACCCCCACAGGGGCCGAAACGAUGCGCCCAAAUCAAGGCCACGAAAAGCUUACAUCGGCCGAGUCUUCGCCUCGUCUCGCCCGAAAAGAGAUGUCGAAGGACGCCGUCAGAAAGGAGCUGGGUAAGAACCACGAAUACUUCUCUGGCAACACUGCCUUUUGCUGGGGUGGCCGGUUGCAGAACACCCGCGACCGCCCUGUCAACAUAGAGUGGACAAUGGUUGUUUCUGCCGUUGGCAAUAACGCUGCAAUGGAGGUCCCAACCAAGUACUGUAAGAGUUGCAAUAUCUGGCGGCCGCCUCGUGCCCACCACUGCCGCGUUUGUGACAACUGCAUCGAGACUCAGGACCACCACUGCGUAUGGCUCAACAAUUGUGUUGGACGUCGAAACUACCGUUACUUUUUCGUCUUCGUUUGCGCCACCACCCUGCUUGGACUCUUCCUGCUGGGGGCCAGCCUAGCGCAUCUCCUUAUAUGGCGGUCUCGCAACGACGCUUCCUUUGGCGCAGCCAUUGACAAAUGGCGUGUUCCCUUUGCAAUGGCUAUCUAUGGUCUUGUGAGCUGGGCCUAUCCAUUCAGCCUUGGCAUUUAUCAUCUGUUUCUUGUGGGCCGCGGAGAAACUACACGCGAAUACCUGAACUCCCACAAGUUCAUGAAGAAAGACAGGCAUAGGCCAUUCACGCAAGGCUCAAUCAUCAAAAACUGGUUGGCGGUCUUGCAACGACCGCGGCCACCUACUUACCUCCAUUUCAAGAAAUCAUACGAGGAGGGAGACCAGCGUUUUGGAUCGCGCAAAGACAAGCGAACUGCCCCUUUCUUCGCAGAGACUUCUGCCGGAUUCAGUUCGCAAGAUGUGCACUCGUCCUGUCCCAUGAACAUAUACGCGUUCGCUGUGAUGAACUGUUGCUGCGCGAGCGCCACGGGUCCGCCAGUCCAUCGACCUCUCCUCUCCUUCGCGUCACUGCCUCGCCGCACCACCACUCAUCGCAACGCGACCCGCGAUUGCGCAUCACUAGACAUGGCAGCGCGAGACGCAUCACCGACAUCGACAUCGUCGACGCUGUCUAACAUAACCGUGCAGACCGAGAAGCAGGUCGAUGCUCGCAUCAUGUCAAGCGCGUCACCCUCCAUCUCGACACCGCCUACCAGCCUUGACGACGAAUGCAGCGUCCUGUCCGACACUACAAAGGCCGAGCAGUCGAGCGAAGUGACUGAGGGCAAUCACGUUCCCCGGGGCCUAGAAAACGCGCCUGACACGCCUGGACCCCCGCAGGAUGUGCCACCCAGCGAUGGCCGGCGAUCAGCGCGAAGCUCUCGCAAGUCCGUCGCUACAUACAAUGUUCAGAUUCUCGCUGGCACAGCUAUUCAUACUCCGACAAAAUAUCUGGAGAAGCAUCACAAGAAUGUCCUGCAUGGUUCAAUUGACAGCCCCACGGACGACAAGGACGACUCAACACCUGCGAAGAAGAAAGGAAUGAAAGCGAAGCUGGCGUCGGCCAAUGUUGAUGAUCCAGUAGAGCAGCAACUCGUCUCGGAGGCCGCCCAGGCAGCGCGCCGUCGCACAUCUUCCCGGGUCACUGACCUGCGCAAGGAAGCCCUUCGCAACAUUUCAGGCGUCGGCAAUGUUGUCGCCAAUGUGCUAUCCGAUGGCAAGGCUCUCGUCCAGAACACUCUUAAGCGGAGCGCAUCCGACCCUGCACUUCAGUCAAGCAAGUUGAAGCGCACCCUGCACAUGAAAGGAGACGAUGUCGGGUCAGACGCGGAUGGGGCCAGUGACCAGCAGCCUCAAAAGUCGAAGACGAAGCUGUGGCUUCGCCAGGGCCUGUACGUCGGUCAGCAUCGCGAUUUCAAUCCCCGUCUCUCUGAAACCCAGAAUCGAGCAAGGAAGCGUGCGAAGAAGCGCCAAGAUGGCGAGGCCCUUCCCUUGCCCAUGUUCGCUGCUGAUCGCAUUUUGAACGAGGAUCCGCACCACGUCUUCAAGGACUUCAAAUUGCCCUUUGACACGUACCACCCCUUGCCCAGGAAAGUGAAAGUAGACGGAUUCAUUGGCGAGGCGUCCGCUUUGUGGAAACGCGACAAACAAGACGCGUCCCAAUGCUAUUGCGAUGCUGAAGACGGAUGUGGUGAGGCCUGCCACAACCGCAUCAUGGCCUACGAAUGCGACAACACGAACUGUCCACUGGGGCCAGAACUAUGCGGCAAUCGCCCCUUCGCCGAGCUCAAGCGUCGUGCCAAGGGGAACCGCUAUGACUACGGAGUCGAAGUCACGGACACUCCCGAUCGUGGGUAUGGAGUGCGGGCGAUGAGAAUGUUUGAGCCUCACCAGAUCAUCGUUGAGUAUGCCGGAGAGAUCAUCACUCAGUCCGAAUGCGAGCGACGCAUGAAGCAAGUAUACAAAAAGGACAAGUGCUACUAUCUCAUGAGUUUCGAUAACAAGAUGAUCAUCGAUGCUACUCGGGGCACCAUUGCUCGGUUCGUUAAUCAUUCAUGCGAACCCAAUUGCGAGAUGAUCAAAUGGACUGUUGGCGGAGAACCUCGGAUGGCCCUAUUCGCAGGCCCACGGGGUAUCAUGACUGGCGAAGAACUCACCUACGACUACAACUUUGAGUGA